GUGGCAACGUUGCGUUCUCGCCAAGGACUUGAUUUGUUUUUAAUUUGGAUUGCUUUGACUUUAAGUAAUCUUUCGAUGUAAGAAUAUUUCAAGCUGAGAGUUUGGCGCAACUGCUGUCCUGAAACUUGCGAAAUAAAAGUGGAAGUAAUAAAAGAAAAAUUGUUUAACAACGAGCAAGCAACUUUUAAUUAGCCACGGCAGGAAGUUUUUUGAGAAAAUUCCUUUUUUACUUAUUCAUCUGGAAAUUCAUGUCCUCGAUGCGCGUCGUUCCCUUUACGCUGGACUCCGAGGCACACAUUCUUCCGUUAAUAGGAAAAUACAAGCAAAAAACUGAAGAAAGCUUCUUAUGAUGGAAAUAGAUGAAUUAGAAUGUUCGACUGAGGAUUCAACUUCCGCUUCAUUUCAUCGACGUUUACUAUCCUCAAUACCAAGUAUCUGCAAGACUCUAACUCAGGCACCGUCCAUCUUUAUAACAAGAUUGGGCCGUUUGUUACUUAUUUCGGCAAGACAGGAUUUCAGUUUAAAGGAACUUUGCCCGAGUACAAAUUUCGAAUAUAUCAAGUUUCCAGAUUCCUUCCGCGCUUGUCUAGUUCAGAUUUCCAAUGGCGUUGGACUUGCGUUUGAUGCAGUACACAGGAGCAUGAUUCGUAUUUCCGUGAAAUGUGAACACAUUGUUAUGGAAGCGAAAGCAGCCUUGGAAUUAAUGGAGAAAGGCACUCGUCAGGAACGGAAAAUCGCCCUGCGUCGUCUUCAGAACGCUAAAGAGAGUUGCCAGGAAUGCGUGGAAGCAGCUGAAUCCAUAACGGAAGAAUUUAAAAAAGUCGGUAAAGUGACAAGCGAGCUUCACGAAGCACUCAUUGGAACGAAAGAACAAACCGAGGAUGAAGAAAAGUCAACAAGAAAUAAAAUUGAGGAAGCUCGUAAAAAGAUGGAACGGAUAACUGAGAGUGAAAAAAAUCUGGACGAAAAGUGGGAUGAGGCGAAAAAAAAAAACGAAGAUGCAGCCGCAGCUUCUCCAUUACUUCAGUGGAGUAUUUUUCCUGACUUGUCUAGUGUGGCACGUCAAGCAGUUAAUGUCAUAGUAGCAUUGAAAAGAACCAUUAUGAUACAGGUUUCAACCAGUGAAACAGCAGGGUCGAGUUCUACAACGUCCGAACAAAAGGAUGAAAAUGAAAUUGGUCAAAAAACUGGACGAUCGACAAAGGAUCAGGAUAUGUGGCAAUAUCCUAACAUCGAUGAUGAUCAAGGAAUAUUCGAUCUUGACACUCGCUUAAAUAAGGUGAUGCAUCACUGGGAGAUUGUUCGGGAAAUAUUCCAAAAUGUAACCGAGAAAUAUCUUAAAGGAGCAUGCAAAGAACUUCUUGAUGGCCAGGAAAUGUCAGAUAAUACGCGCGGGAGGCUCAUUCAGGAUUCCAAAAACGCCAUAAACGUAGCUUGUAUGGUGCAUUUGAUCUCAAGUGUAUAUGUCGAAGCUUCAAAUAAGUAUUUACUGGUUGGAGUGGACAGUUUGCACAGUAUCACUCUUUUGGAAUCAAGUAGCGACGAUGCAAGGAUGGAGGAAGUACAGAGAAAAUUGAAGGAAGAUGCAAAGGAAGCUGAGGGGGAAAUUUCAAAAAUUUUUGAAAAAAAAAGGAAACUAUGCAUAAAAGAGACCGAUGAUCUAGUGGAUUUGUAUUGGUCCUAUAUGUAAAGAUCCUGAAAAGAUUCGAAACAACGCAGUGAUAUGAAGAAGCGUCAAGAGAGACAGCUGACUCGUCCCCAGUCGCGUCUUUUUUAUGAAAUAUCAUACAGCUAUAGUGAAGAUAUGGAGCCGCUAUUUAAUUUGAGAUCAGUUGAUCAACUGGAGCGCAAAAAUGUAUGCAGAAAAACAUAUUGCGUCUCCAUAUGAUGCAAAUAACGGUAGUUUGAAACUUUCCCGUCAUUUGUUGAAAAGUAUAUUUAAAAUCCACAAUUUCACAAAACAAGUUAAAAAUUUGAACAUAAAAUACUAAAAUGCAAUACUAGGCUCACCUACACCUCGUGUUUUACAAGCUUCUCUCGAAAUCGUGCAUCAUUACACCAAAAACGCACGCGCCUCGUUUUUUAAUUUUUUACUAAAAAUUUUUUACUGAAAA